GUAACUGUCAGGUCUGUAAACAAAACAAUUAGUUUAAAGAUAAUAAAUGUUAUGGAGGAAUUUUAUAUACCAGAGUUCUAUAAUGCUUCAGAGCCUAUAGAUCUUCAGGAAUACUUUGAUAAAUAUGGAAAAGCCUGUUAUGGUUUAAAUAAAACUGGUAUUCCUAAUGAUAAAAACGAUGCCAUUGUGAAAGAGUUAAAUCUAAGUCUCGAUAGUGAUGUUAUAAAUAAAUUGGAAGAGGCAUGUAGUAUUGAUCUUUUGGAUAAUAAAGAUGAAACAGUUUAUAAACCUGUUGAUAUUCCAAGUAGAUUAACAAAUAAGCAUAGACUAAAUGAGUUUUACCCUGUUACAAGUAAAGCUUUAGAGCUAGAAAGUGUUAAAUACAGAGAAGAUGUUUUAAAAUACUUUAAAUCAAAAUACAAAAAUGUUGAACGAUUAUUUUUCUCGUGUAACAUUUUCUCUCUUGUGAAUUUAAAUACGAAUAAUCCUGAAGAAAUUAAAGAUGAAUACCCAGUGUCUGAAUUUAUAAUUAAAAUAUUAGUGUAUAAACCUAUGUCCAUUACCCGAGGCUUAAACAAUUCUGAAAAAGUAAGGCUAUCACAAGAAAUUGAGGUCUUAGGCAGUAAUUUGUUAAGUGAAUUGGCAGAUAAAAUUGAUUGUUUAACUGACUAUGGGUUAUACAAAGAAGUAGAGACAACAGAAGAAAAUCUUAGUCAUUUAGUUAAUGGAAAAGCUCAUUAUCCUUCUAGUAGUAUUUUUAUUGAAAAUGUAUUUUACAAUGAUAUGAGGUCUCCAAAUGCCAUUGAUUAUUCUGAACCUUGUCGAGAAUGGGCGAAGUGUAAAGGAAUUCAGCUGUUUGGAACAAAAAUAAUGGAUUCUACAAAAUUUAGCGACUUAAAACCACGACUGGGCUACCCAUACGUGUAUUUGCAUCAGGGAGAUUGCGAGCACAUAAUCGCGUUUUGUGAUGCAAAACUUAUUCAGGACUCCGACGUACUCAACAGAAAAUGCUAUCCGAGAAUCACCGUCAAUAAGAGAAAGAGUAACAUUCAAUGCUACAUGUGUACUUUCGAUUACGCAAAGUGGAUCGUCAGCGGGAGCGAUCGCUUUCCGCAGGAGAAAAUAUUUCUCUGCACGGAGUGCUGCAACUCCUACAAUUUUAUUGAUGGCCAAAAAGUCGGCAGCUUCAAGCUGUUUCCGCUCUACGAUAGACGGAUGAUGGGGCAUGGCGAUGAUGAAAGCGAUGAGGAACCAGGGGAAGCCGAGUAAAAUACUAUUUAUAAUAAAGAUAAUUAAAUUUU